AUGCCUUGUUCUGCAAGGCAUUUCGAGGCAGGAGAUGAAGCUGAGCCAACAAUCAGCCUCGAGCGAGCCCGCCGCCAAUCAGCGCCGGUUGCGCCCUAUGAGUCACACGUCGGCCCCGCUGCCAAGCCCAUUUAUCCCCCAUCCGGCCUAGCCCCGCAUAAACCGCGCACUACCCCUCUGUCCCCCCCUCCGACAGACACUAUAGCUCCCUCGUGGACUAUCCCCAACACCAAUCUCCCCUCCCUCCAGUCUCGCCCUUCUGGGUCUUUGAACUUUGGCAGCGCCUCGCGUAGCUCAAGUUCUCCUUUUUCCACCACUCUACCAGUGACCUCAGUCACCACGGAUAACCAACAGCAAUCAUGGCUUCCCACACCCCCGCUUCAGCAGCCUUUGGCACCAUAUCAGAAUUCGACUGUCAAUCACAACAACAACAACAGUCUGCACGAGGACUUUGUUCUGUACCCAUCAACGCCCGUUUCUCGCCCGCAAGUCAAUCUCUGGGACGAGAAUUCGCCAGCCUUGCUGAGUGCCAACCCUAAAUAUUCUGUGAACUCCACCACCAACAACAAUAACCACCAAAACCUGGUCAAUCGCCGACACACCUUGCACUCGAGUGUCAACGUCCACCAGCUGCCAAGAAAACAGGUUCAGCAAUUCAAAAAGUUCACUCCUCAGUCUCCCGGGUUACCCUCGUCCACCUCUUAUCGGUUCAGUCCUGCAGCAGGCCAGAAACGCCUCGCUCAACGCUUGUACGCGAAUUCUCCGCGUCUCAACCGUCCUGCGGUUCCAUUGUUCAAUAGCAUAGAAAACAACCAGUCUCAAUUUGAGACCAAAAACAACAUCAACAACAACAACACACAGCACCGUCGAGUCAUGUCUUCAUCUGACAUCAUCUCAGAUUUCCCUAUGGAUCUCUUCGAUAUCUCUACAGCAAGCCCUUCGCUUGAUGAUCUAACGUCUCCCGCCUCAUCCAUGAUGCAGUCACCAAUAACCCCCUUUGAAGAUUACUCGCACCUGGCAAGCUACUCCGCGGCACCUGCGCCUCCGGGCACAGUUUCGCCGAAGGAUCUUGCUCUCAAGGAUCCGCCUGUGUCGUGCCCUCCGUCGUCUUUUUCUACGGAUAUAGGGACUCCGCAGUCGCUUUUCGAUUCUCCUGAUGGCUUGUUUAGUCACAGUAUCUCUCCGGCAUUCGCCAACGCGGAUUACGACCUCCCAGCGUCUAACAACUGGGAUCCGCUGAUGACCUCGGAAGGUUAUCUCCACGGGGAUGUCGAUAUCAAGCCGUCGAUAUCUGAUUUGUUGAUAUCUGAUACGGCGGGGACCGAAUCGCGGCCAGGGAAAAGGACUCGCUCUGUGUCUUCUCCAUCCCCUGCAAAGUCACCGAAGAAGCGCAGCAAGUCGGUCGGGGUCAAGAAGCCAUCACCCCCCAAGGGUAUUGACGAAGAAGUCCCAUAUGAUCCCAAUGAUCCCGUCGCGGCGCGGCGAUACCGCAACACAUUAGCGGCCCGCAAGUCUCGUUGCAAAAAGUUCAAUGAGCGUCAAAUGCACCUAGAGCAGAUCGAAGAGUUGGAGCAGCAAGUAGCAGCUCUUCAGAAGAAGGUUGCGUUCUUUGAGAGCUUUGCACCUUCUGAUGUGACUUAUCCUGGAUAA